AGAGCUUGCUGCCUGCGACGCCUCGUGCUUUACAUCAUAAAUCGGUCCCUGUCCCACCUGGAUUGUUUUGUCCGCUGCUUACAGGACAAGGAGUUGCAUUCAAUUUGAGGUUCAGUCUUGAGAUGGUUUCGGGUAGACACGAUGUGGGUGCAUGGAAACACUAGGUUCAAGGCUGGCUCCCCACAACAGACAUAAGUCAGAACGGGCAUAGUAACUGGUAACAAAUGGUAUUCGCCCCGAUUGCAGAUUUGCAGAUUGGAUCAGGAGUCAGGAACAAGUUCACUAGCUCUGAGUGUCCCUAUCACGGAGGCACUAAGGAACAAUCAUUCGCCUGGCGCAAAGAGAAAUCCAAUGCGCAUGUGGUGCCAACAUUUAACCCGCGAUGGAUGAAAGGCAAACCAUACCACACUUGCUCAUGCCGUGCCCAGGCGAGUAAAGCUAGAUACCUGCUGGUGAACAAGAACCUUUUGCGCCACCAGGUGACUGCCCGAAGUUCUACCAAGGGACCAGAAAGGCAGUGCUCGAUAUGACGCCUUAUGGAGCAAGCCACUCGUCUGUAUGGACCAAAGUAGGUCCAUG